CUAGUAUUUAGUUUUUAUUCUGGCUAUGCAUGUUGUUACGUGUUUCAGGAGCUCUGCUCCACUAACCUUUGAUCUUCUUCAAUCAACGCUACUCUCCCACUCGCAAACUCAUUCGCAAUGCUAAGAUUAAGUGCUAAUUACCCUUUGCUUCCGAAGAUACCCCACCGGGUUUGUAACAGAAAGCUCGGCAAUUACUAUGAUUCAUCGUGGACCGUUAAAUAUGGCGAUGAUGGUAAGAAGAAGCAGAUGUUUGUAAGAGUUUCUGUGAAAGCAAUGAAGGAAGAAGGUAACGGAAGUGGAAGCAUGAGUUUCUCUGGACAAAGCUGGGAUCCCAGUUCUGAGAUACAAGUUCCUUCAGACCAAAGACCUGUGAAUGAGUAUUCGGCUUUGAAGGAAGGGAUGUUGUACUCAUGGGGAGAAUUGGGUCCAAGCAAAUUCUUUCUUCGUCUCGGUGGUCUUUGGUUGGUCACCUUCACUGUCCUUGGUGUUCCCAUCGCUGCUGCUAGCUUUAAUCCUUCCAGAGAACCUUUGAGGUUUGUUAUAGCUGCAGGGACUGGGACUUUAUUCCUGGUUUCGUUGAUUGUCUUGAGAAUUUACCUGGGAUGGAGCUAUGUUGGAGAUAGACUACUUUCUGCUGUUAUUCCAUACGAAGAGAGCGGAUGGUAUGAUGGCCAAAUGUGGGUUAAGCCUCCAGAGGUAUUGGCUAGGGACAGGCUGUUAGGCUCUUACAAGGUGAAGCCAGUAAUCAAGAUGCUGAAGCAGACAUUAAUUGGAACAGGAGCUUUGCUCGUUUCAGCAUUCGUCCUGUUCGUUUUCGCAACACCAGUCGAGGAUUUCUUUAAAACCACUCUAAGAUCAUCUAAGGAUAACCAACCAGAGGUUUCCAUUUCAAGAACCAACAACAAGUUCAAUAUGAGAAAAGAACAAUUGCUUCGGUUGCCCACAGAUGUUGUCACUGAUGAUGACUUGGCAGCAGCCGCGGCUGAGGCUGCUGAUGGAAGACCGGUCUAUUGCAGAGACCGUUACUACCGUGCAUUGGCCGGUGGUCAAUACUGCAAAUGGGAUGAUCUUGUUAAAUAGUACUUUUUCAAACUAGUAUACAGCAACACAAAUGCACUAUGUGGUCUUUCAGUUUUGAUUAAAAUGCCUAUAAUUGCCAAAUACUGUACCAGUUAUUUUAUAAAAUGUGGAAUAUGUGGGCCUAUAAUUGCCCAACUUAAUCAUGUAAAGGGCUUAGAUUAACGGCCUAUAUAUCUUUUCACGGUUAAAAGGCUAAAAUCAUCAGUUUACUUU